UCGAGCGAGCGCGGCCGCCGGCGACACCCCGACAACGCGCCGGCGGCGGGGCAAGGAGGGCAGCCCGGAGGGCAGCGGCCCCGGCCCGCGUGUGCGGCCCUCUCUUGCACUCCAACACUGCGCCGGCUGUGCCCGGCCCCGCCACACGUGCAGCUAUGGUGGGCCGGCUGAGCCUGCAGGAUGUCCCGGAGCUCGUGGACACGAAGAAAAAAGGGGACGGCGUCCUGGACAGCCCUGACUCGGGGCUGCCCCCAAGUCCUAGCCCCAGCCACUGGGGGCUCGCAGCGACGGCGGGCGGCGGUGGGGAGCGCGCUCCUGUCGCAGGGACGCUGGAGCCCGAUGCGGCGGUGACCCCUGUAGUCCCGAACCCAGCAUCUCUGACCCACUCGCUGGCUGCCAUCUGCUCACCGAGACUCUGUCCCUUGUCCUUCGGCGAAGGAGUCGAGUUUGACCCCUUACCACCAAAGGAAGUAAAGUAUACCUCCUCAGUCAAGUACGACUCUGAGCGGCACUUCAUCGAUGAUGUGCAGAUGCCCCUGGGCCUGGUGGUGGCUUCCUGCAGCCAGACAGUCACCUGUAUCCCCAACUGCACCUGGCGAAACUAUAAGGCCGAAGUGCGCUUCGAGCCUCGCCACAAGCCUGCACGCUUCCUCAGCACCACCAUCGUCUACCCCAAGUACCCCAAGACCAUCUACACCACCACUCUGGAUUACAACUGCCACAAGAAGCUGAGGAGGUUUCUCUCCAGCGUGGAGCUUGAGGCCACGGAGUUCCUGGGUAGUGAUGGGCUAGCCGAUGAAUGCUGACUCAGCUAGCUUGAGGUUGGACCAGCUGUUCAUACACUGCCCUGGUCCCCAGACCACCCUGGACAAGCUGGGUAACACUGCUCUUGUACAUCACCCCAGUCCCAGAGGAUCUAACCUGGAGAUACCUCUAAGUCUAGCCGGGGAAGAUGUAUUAAAAAAAAAAAAAAAAUCACUGCAUCUUAUAAUAAUAGAGAAACUCAGCUUCGUUUAAAUUUUUUCCAGAUAGUUUUUUUUUUUUUUUUUUAAGAAGCAAGUGUGUGUGUGUGUGUGUGUGUGUGUGUGUGUGUGUGUGUGUGUGUGUGUGUGUGUUCUGGUGUUCUAGUUGGUUGAUGCAGUUUCCCCAAAGUCUCAAGUUGAUGAGAAAAUAAAAAGGACAGUGAUAUCAGGGCAAGCUGAGGUGAGUCCUCCAUUUUCUGAUGAACAAAGUGGGAAAAUCUCUGGAAUAGAGAAGACAAGUUAAGAAAUUUCAGCCAUAGCUGGGGUGGUGGGGGCGGGAAGAGAGUUAACUCGGGUAGACCGUGACGCCCAUAUGUGCUCAAUCUGUUCUGGGCCAGUCUUUGUUUCUGCUUCUAUUUGUUUUUACUGUUAACCCAAACUCUUAGAUUUAUCAAAAAUCUUUUUCCUGAUAUUAGGGGAGAAAAAAAAAAAAAACAACAAAAGGAGAUGCCUUUAAAACAAACUCUCUGUCCAUUCCGCUUUUGUUGGUUGGUUUCAGGCCCAGGCUCUGGUGCAGCCGAGCUUGCUUGGCAUCUGGUUAACGUCUCCCGGGCUUCUGUAACUCUGCUCAUAGGUAUUUUGGGGUUUUGAAAUACUUUCCCUUUUUUUUUUUUUUUUUUUUUUUUUUUUUUUCAUGAGUCAAAAUGCAGCAGAGGGCUCUUUUUGAGAAGAACGGCAUUCUGAAAGAAUGCUUUAGAAAAACAUGCUUUGGGGGCUGCGCAGAAAGGGUUUCCACUGUGGGCCACGGUGCCUGAGCCCAGCUGCCCAUAGGAGGAGGCAGGUUUGAAUGUGACUCGGAUCAUCAUGAUUAAAUAGGGACUUAUUCUUAGGACUCUGAUAGUGUCAAAACUGGGAGGAACAGGGUUUAACCCUGUUCCAAAAAGCAAGGACUGUUGCUCACCACCCAGAUUAAGCUAAAAUGAAUUCAGGAGUAGGGAGUGUCACGUAGAUCCUACAACCUUGCCACUGUGGUGAUGGGAGGCAUUUUCUUUUGUACCACGGUACAAAGUGACUAUUGUGGAGUCAGGUAUGAUCAAAGAUGUUUCCCAGCCAACUUCCUUCGGAAUCCAGCUGAGCCAGCUAUAAUAGCACCAGGGGCAGCGCUGGGCAAGAGGGUGCUGCAGGCACCAACCUGCCCCCUGCUCACUGGCCCCUACCCCAGGCCCAGCCCUUGCUUCUUAGAAUCCCCUGCCAGGCCCCACAGUGCUGGAGUAAAGAAAAUGGCAAGCUGAGUUUUAUUCCAGCAUUGGAAAGAACAAGAUGUACAUAUUUCCUUUGAAUACAUCCAAAUCGUGUCAAGUGGGUUACCAAGGCUCUGCCUUCCCUUGUAUCUCUGGGUCUCUGCGGAUAGCUUCCAUCUGUCCAGAAAGCAGAAUUAACACACACUGGCUCCCCUGGAGCCACAGCAGAGACUUGUUAUCAUGGCAAGCAGGUGCAAAGAUAAUCACUUUCAUCUAAAGACUGUGGCGAUGUCUAGAGCCACGUCACCUAGUCCAUGUCCCCUGCAGAUGACAAAGUCUGUUGUACUUUUCAAUUCAUCCUUCUGGACACAGAGACUGCUGGUGUCGUGGUCCCAGUUGGCCAGGGUACAGCACAGUUGGGCUCACACUGGGAUCCUCCAAGCUCCUCAGUAAAACUCAGAGCAACCAAUGCUACUCGGCUUUAGAAAAAAACAUUUACUGGCAAAGGUGGAUUUUCUAUCUGACUUCAUAAUGUUACCGAAGCGGCAAAUAUAAUUUCUUUUUGCAAAUACAGUUUCUAAGUUAGGAAAAUCACCAAGGCUUUGCUCUUGCCCCUUUGGAGACACUCACUUGGGCUCAGAAUGAUGUCAGGAGAAAGUGUUGUCUUUGAAUGCAGCAGCGUUGUAAAGGUGUCCGUCCUUAAGAGAAACAAUUUUCUUCUUUUCUUGUUUUUGUCUUAGAGGGAUUGUGUUAAGUUGAGGCAGAACCAUAUCAGUAAGUCGAAGCAAUGACCGUGGAUGUCUUAUGAGGGUGAGAAGGCAGAUUUUUAUGUUGUUAGGCUAUUUACUAGAGCCAGCUAUGUGUAGCUGUUUUGAAUCUUCUUUGAUUCUCCAAACCUGCCUGGGAAGCUGAAGGCCUGGAAGCUGGGUGGUGACAUACUGGAACACCCUGGUGGUGGUGUCACCAGCCCAGAGUAGAUUCCCGAUGGUUGCCAAAGUGGAAAAGGAGGUUUGUAAAACUCACAUUCACCUGACAUUCCUGAGUGUGCAGGUGAGAGACUAGCUGUGUUCCAGUGAAGCUUUUCACUCCAUCUCCUAAGUUAUGGCUGUUAGAGAUGAUGUGGGUCUCCAGAGAUGGGUGGUUCUCCUUUCCAUGUCUGAAAAGACUUUAUUUGAACAAGCAUCUUCUCAUUUGACACUUUUCCUCCUUUUAAACUUAGAAAAUAUUUGACACACACCAAAAAAAAAAAGUUUUAAAAUUAUCUUUGACUUCUGUCCCACUUCAUUUUUGCCUUGUGAUUUCUCUGAUUAACAAUAAAUGAUCUAAGACAUAAA